AUGGCCGACGGCAGGGCUGAUGGAAUGGGCUCGUUAGCUCAAAAUGCAGCUGAAUUGUCGCUGAACGAGAAAUCGCAAGUUGAUGGUGCUGCUCCAAGUACUGGACAGCCACUCUCAGCAGAUGCUCCGAAUCAUGAAAACACAGUACAAAGAAUACAGACUACGACUGCCGAAUUACACUUACCGACCUCUUCGAAAGAUGCUGAUAUAAUCAAUACACCACUAGGAAAGGCUCUGGAUACGUGCAAACCAACUGCUCGACCACUAUACACUACUGAUCAACUCCAAAAGUACGAUCAGUUGCUCGCAAGUGUUUCAAAAUGGACCGACAUUCCGGAUUCAUCAGUCAAAGGUUCCAAUUCGACGCCCUUGGCAGACCACGAGCGAAUGUUCCUAACAAGAGAGUGCUUGUUCCGCUAUCUCCGAGCUACGACAUGGAAGGUCGAUCAAGCUGAAAUCAGGUUGAGGAAUACCUUGAUAUGGCGACGGGAGUAUGGCACAGACAAGCAUACUGCCGACUAUAUCUCUGUCGAAAACGAGACUGGCAAGCAAGUCAUUCUGGGCUGGGACAACGACGGCAGACCGUGCUGUUACCUAAGACCAUCAAAACAGAACACAGAGAGGAGCGAUCGUCAGAUUGAACAUCUUGUCUACAUGCUGGAGCGGACCAUAGACCUGAUGCCUCCUGGCCAAGAAAUGCUUGCUCUCCUGAUAAAUUUUGCGGAAACUAAAUCAGGACAAGGUGCAACAGUAGCACAGGGAAGACAGACAUUGAACAUUCUUCAGAACCACUACCCGGAAAGACUAGGCAGAGCACUGGUUGCGAAUGUCCCUUUCUUGAUCUGGGGCUUUUUCAAAAUGAUCACACCGUUCAUUGAUCCGAUUACACGAGAGAAGAUAAAGUUCAACGAAGACUACGGUCUAUACGUGCCAAGAGAACAACUCAUGAAGGAGGCGAAGGGCAACGUGAACUUCCAGUACGAUCAUGCAGCAUACUGGCCAGCUUUGACUAAGCUUGCUGGGACGAAGCGAGAAGCGUAUCGACAGCGGUGGGAGGCAGCAGGCAAGCAGAUCGGUGAAUACGAGAUGUACUUGCGCGGCGGCGAGCAGAAGCCUCUAAUGGAGGUGGCCAAGGUUGCAUGA